AUGUCAGUUGGGGAGUUAAUUUUGGACAAGACAAUAUCACCGCUGCUUUCCUCGAAGCUCGGUCUAUCGCGAACGCAUUUUCGUCCCCCGAAAUCGCAGCUUCUGGAAUCAAGCUCGAUUUCAUUGAAAUCGGUAACGAGGCUGACCUUUUUCGAAACAACGGAUUCAGGUCCCCGAACUACACGGUCACGCAAUACGUUCCUGAGUAAGGAAUGGACCACAUUCGCGCAGAAUGUUUCCGCCGUUGCGAACAUCUCCUCCAAGUCGUUCACAAAGUUUCUCGCUGGCUCAUUUGCUGGUUCUGGUGGUAGCGGUAACUUUUCCGCAAGGGCUAUUAUCGACAAAGGCAUUCUUUCAUCGCAACCAGGUGCUCAGAUCACUGCCAUUUCACAGCACCUUUACAGUGGUUCAUUCUGUAGUGGAAGUGGCGCCCUUCUCCAGGAUCUGAUGACCAAGUCAACGGUUCGAUCCAACCUCACAAGAUUCAUACCUGAAAUCACCGCAGUUACGAGUAGGAACCUUGAGUAUGUCUUCGGUGAAACGAACAGUUUCUCUUGUCAUGGAGCCCCAAACGUUUCAAACACCGCAGGUGCUGCGCUGUGGACGUUGGAUUAUGCUUUGUUUGGGCGAACGAUUAACAUCACAAGAUUCUACUUCCACGAAGGUAUUGGCUUCAAGUACAACCUGAUUCAACCUGCUACUCUCACUCGUUCAAUCCUCGAUGGUUCUAACUUGCCCACUCCUUUACCUCCCCAUGUGCAACCACAGUACUACGCAGCCAUCAUUGCUGGAGAGGCGAUCGGGAAGAGCGGAAGUACGCAGAUAUCUGAACUUUCGAUCAACGAUUCGCGAAUUACCGGAUAUGCAUUUUACGAGAGAGGUGUUCUAAAGAGAGCGGUGUUUAUUAACUUGCAAGCGUUCUUGAGCGGUACUAGUGGUGCCCGUCCUAGCGUGCAUUUGGAUUUUAGUGUUUCUGGCAAAACGAGAACGACAGUGAAGAGGUUAACUAUUGGCCAUGCGGACGAUGCGUCUGGACUGAAGUGGGGUGGACAGAGCUACGAGACACCUGAUGGGCGUGUCAACGGAACGUUGUCGCAAGAGAGUGGUCUGGUCAGAGACGGUUUGGAUAUCGUUGCGACGGAGGCUGUCCUUGUGUCCUUCUCGUAA